AUGGGCAUCCAGGGCCUGCUUCCCCUGCUCAAAGACGUCCAGCGCCCUGUGCAUGCCUCGAGCUAUGCAGGCAAGACGCUCGGUGUGGAUGCAUACGUGUGGCUGCACAGAGGCGCCUACGGCUGUGCACGCGAGAUUGUACUCGGCGAUCCUACGCCGCGCUACAUCGCACACGCACUGAGCCGCAUCCGCAUGCUGCAGCAUUUUGGCGUCAAGCCGUACCUCGUAUUCGACGGCGACAAGUUGCCCGCCAAGCGCGGCACCGAGGACGACCGCGAGCAGCGCCGCAACGACCACCUCGAGCGUGCCAACCAGCUGGAACGCGAGGGAAACAUGCAGCAGGCUCGCGAUCUCUUUUCCAAGUGCGUCGACAUCACGCCCGAAAUGGCGUUUCAGCUCAUCAAGGUGCUCAAGCAGCAAGACAUCCCCUACGUCGUGGCGCCGUACGAGGCGGAUGCGCAGCUCGCCUUUCUCGAGGCAGAGGGCAUAAUCGAUGGCAUCAUCACCGAGGACUCGGAUCUGCUCGUCUUCGGAUGCAAGACGGUGCUCUUCAAGCUCGACCAGGCCGGCAAUGCCAUCGAGAUGCUGCAGCAGCGCUUUUGGACCAACCGGCAGUUGGCACUCUCCGGCUGGACCGCGGUCGAAUUCAGGCAGAUGGCCAUUCUUUCCGGAUGCGACUACCUGCCGAGCAUCGUGGGUAUGGGCCUCAAGAAUGCACACCGGCUGCUGAGGAGGUACAAGACGGUCGACAAGGUGCUCCAGGCCGUACGGCUCGAGGGCAAGCUGCGCGUGCCCAACGACUACGCCAGGGAGUUUCGAAAGGCGGAGCUGACGUUUGUCCAUCAGCGCGUCUUCGACCCGCGCACGCAGAGGCUCGUUACGCUCACUCCGCUGCCCGACGGAACGCACGACGACAUGCUCCCGUUCAUCGGCGCAAACAUUCAGGACGACGUGGCGAUAGGCGUGGCCGAGGGCGUCAUUGAUCCGAUCACCAGGAUGCAGAUUGUGGACCGGGUGCCCAAGCCGCUGGGCAUGCGCAGCAACUCGGACAACAAUAUUGCUGCGGCACCGAGCACGUCAGCCGUGCCGCACGGGCUGCACCGCAGUACCACAGCACCUAUGACGUUGCAAAGCUCGAGCACAGGCGUGGGCGUGGGCGGCUUCUAUAGGGCGUCGGUGGGUGCGGCAGCGAAGAAGAAGGCGGUCAGUAAGGAGGCAGGCUUGCAGAGCCUCAAAAACUUUUUCGUCGGCACCAGCGUCAGCUCCAAGGAGAACGGUAGGCCGAAAGCCGAAGAUCGAGUGAAGGAGAGGGCACCGUUGGCGGCCGUCGAUACCAACCGCAAGGCAGAUGCUUCUGGAACGCAGAGCAAGUUCUUCGCCAAAGCGACGCCGGCACCGACGCAAACUGCAAAGGCGGACCAUGCCUAUCUGCAUCUCGGCGGCGAGCUCACGCCGCCGGUGGUGCGGAAGGGUCCGAACGACUCGGGGUACUGGGACGAAGAGUGUCAUGACAUGCGCGACUUUGUGCGGUCCAGCAGUCCUCCCCAGGCGACGGCGGCGUCGCAAGCGCUCGUGGUGGAGACGCAGGAGGUGGCAGUGGCGACACAGUCGGAAAGCAUGCCAUCGUCGAGCGUGGCGGUGGUGGUGCCGCAGACGCCGUCGCGCGGUGGGCGAGGGAGCAAGAGGAUGCGAACCGAGUCGCGCGAAUUUUCGUCGCCGGAGAGCGUGAUAGGCAGCGGAUUCAUCUCGUCGCCCGCAACGUCGUCGGUGCGUGGUGACGUGGGCGACGAAGAAGCGCCAAGCUCGCCGUCACCCGCGCAGGCAUGCGCGCCGGCGACGAGGCCGCACAGGAGUGAGGACGAGGAGGACGUGCAGGCCGAGCCCGUCACGCCAUUGGCAGUGCGUGCAGGUGCGGCACGGAAGCCGGUGCUCCAGACGAGCGUGUCCAAGCUCGAGGCGUUCCGCUACAGCGCGGUGACGCCGCAGCAGGCGCAGCAGAGGCAGCACCCGCGCGAGACGCCCACAGCGGCGUCACCGUCGGUGCUCAAGUUGGCGGCCAGCAGCACCCCAGUUGCAGCAGUCAGGCCGGCAAAGGCACUCAAGAGAAGCCCGACGCUCAUGCUUGGCGACGAGGCCGAGAGUAAGGGCCUGUUUGACAGAUUCCGGUUUUCGGACCAGGAAACUAGGCACGUUCCGUUGUAG